AUGUCUGGUCUCGGUCAGCUCUGGUGCACUCUGGUGACCGCCAACCACAUUCUUGACUACUUCUCGCUCGUGACUGGUUACGGCCAUAUCUCUGCUCGUAACCCAUUGAUCAACACCACCUUCUUCUUCUAUCCAGUCGACCCUCCGUCGCUCAUUAACUCCAACACUGGAUAUCUCGGAUGGAACAUCUCCAACGGAGCUCCUAUCGCCAACCACUCGGUCUCCUUGUCGCCCAGCUCUGAGAUGUGGAUUCAUCAAGCCAUCUACAAAAGUUGGUCGGGCGUGAACAGCGUUGUCCACAGCCACUCUCGAGCGGUCUUGCCAUUUGCAGAUACCAACAUCCCUUUGGUGCCUCAGUUCAAUCUUGAAGCAGCAGUUCUUGGGGCUCAGGUCCCUGUCUUCGAUAUUACAGAAUACUACUUUCCGAAUCAGACGCAUAAUUUCCUGGUCAACCUUCCGUACUUGGGUGCAGCACUGGCAGACAUGUUCUCUACGCCGGAGAACAACGCCACCAAGCAGAGUGUCCUCCCAGAUUAUCCUGUCGUAUUGCAAAGGGCGCAUGGAUUUUCAGCUGCGGCGGUGAGCAUCGAGCACGCAGUCUGGGCUGCUUGGUCCGCACAAGACGCUGCGCACAUCGCCAGUAAUAGCUUGACAAUACUGGGUGCCUAUCAAGGCGAUGCUGCAAGAUCAGCUGAGUUCAGUGCGCCAGAGCUAAGGGAUAGCAUGGCUUUAGGACAAAGUGGAGAAGUCAAGGACUGGCCUUGGUUUGUUGAUCAAGUGCAAAGAAGGGGAAAUUAUAGGAAUGAUGCUUGUUGA